AUGGAAUGUUUUAGCGAUGAACAGCGGGUAUCUGGAUCUACAUCAUCAAGUGGAAUUUUCCCGAACGAAGAAAUUCAACCUGUGGCUGGGUUUUCUAAGCAGCAAGUAUUUACACUUAAACAGGAAACUGUAACAUCAUACAUUUCAAGAAAAAUAUCGACAACCACGAAACGCAAGAUGGACAAUGAACGUUUAGGGCUUUUUAAGUAUGAUUACCACCCCUUCAGUAUAGUUGAAGACCGUGGAUUUCGAAAUGUGGUUCAUAUGUUAAAUCCGUCAUAUAGUUUACCAAAUAGACAAACAAUUUCAAACACCCUAAUUCCUUUGGAAUAUGAAAAAUGUCUGGACAGUGCGAAAGCGGAAAUACAAAAUGUGGUCAACAUUUAUCUAACCACUGGCUGUUGGACUUCUGUAAAAAAUGAGGGAUAUAUGGCUAGAACCGGUGAUUACAUUGACAAUAAUUUUAAAAUGCGUUCUAUUCUAUUAAGUUGUGAGUUACAAGAAGAAAAUCACACUGCCAUAAAUUUAGCCUCCAGAUUUAAGGAUGUUUUAAAAAAUUGGCAGUUGAGAAAAAAGGAUACUCUGGGGUUGGUAAAAGAGGUUUUGGACAAAGUGAAAAGUAUUGUGGCACAUUUGCGGAGGAGCACAGUUGCUAAUACUAAAUUAAAAAAAUUUCAAAAGCAAGUUGGCAUUGAUCCCCCAAAAAUGUUAACGCAGGAUGUUACGACCAGAUGUAAUUCUACAUUUCAUAUGAUUCUAAGAUUUGUAGAACUCGAAGAUCCACUAAGAUCGGUAAUUGGUUUGUUAGAUACUCGUUUACCGCAUUUGGAUACUAAUGAAUGGACUCUACUAAAAGAGCUUUGUAAUAUUUUAAAACAUUUUGACGCUACAAAAAAUAUUUACAACAUAACAACAAAGAAUAUACUUUGGAUGUUAGUAUUGAAGAAGCCAGGAGGGCUAAGGGUAAGGAACGAUUUAGAAUUUGCAGAACAAUUGUUGCAAGUUUGCAGAAAUUCAGACACAGAUUAUAUAAAUGUUGAAAAUGAAUCUGAAGAUGUCCCAGUUCAAAUAACUAUAGUGGAAAGCAUCCCUUCCGGAUCAAAGAGUACGGAUGACGAGAUUCCAGAGGUCACAGGUAACAAAUCAAAAGAUAUUGAAAAUGUACAUCCAGAAACCACAGGACCUACUAAGUUUAAAAAACGAAAGAGGGAAAAUCCAACUGGACAAUAUUUAAAAUUUAAAAAAGAAUUUUAUAAUAAAUUACAGGAAGAUAGGGAAAAAGCAAGGGAGGAGAAGAGAAUAAGGGAGGAAAAAACAAGAAAGGUUUGA